GUUUGCGCACUUAGUCCAAGAUGGCGGCCGCCGUGUUGGCAUUUAUGAUAUUUACAAAAACAUAACAGUUUUCUCCAUAUGACAACCAAUUUGAUUAAGAUUAACCCAAUAUGGCAUUGUCUUAGAUUAUUACAAAAUGAUCUAAUAGUGUUAAAUCUACUGAAUUAUUAGAAUGUCGUGGUUGGGAGGCAGUUUUUCCUCGUUGACAGGUCAACUGUCAAAUCUCACAAAAGAUAUUUUGACUGAAGGAACAGAGGAAGUGAGUGAUCAUGUGACUGAGUUACGGCUCGCCCAGGAGAAAAUUAAGGAGCUUGACACGGUGUGCGUUAGUCAGAAGAUCGAGAUAGAUCGUCUGAAGUUAUUAAAUAGAGAAGCGGAGGAGAAAGCUGAAGGGUCAGAAUUACAGAUAAAUAGAAUAUCUACAGAAUACAGAACAUUACUAGAGGAAAAAGAAAAAGAAAUAAAGACAUUAAAGCAUGAAGUACAGGAGUUGAAAAGUUCCUAUGUGAGUUCGGAAACGCAACCUGCAGUACUCCGACUUGACAGUGACAAUGGUUUUGAAAGUGUUAGCUAUGGAGGGGAUGAACAUGACUUUAGUGACAGUAUUGCCAUGCAACAUGACAUCAACCGUCUCCGUAGCGACCUGCGUCAGGUUCAAGCCCAGUGUCAGCAUUGGAAAGAGCUUGUUCAACAACAAAAUAAAUUUGGAGAUGGAUCUGUGCCUGAUAGCAAGGACAAUGAAGCUGUACUCAAAAAACAAUUACAGGAACUACAACAUCAACUGGCACAUGAAAAGGACUCCAGGCAGCAUGAGUUAUCUGCCCUUCAAGACUCACAAACACACAAACUUGCUCAGAUGCGGAAAAAACACAAAGAAGAGAUUGCUCAACUCAAGGCCAAGAUGCAAGAAAUGGAUUGGGGGUCAGAGGGCUGGGAAUCUCAGGUACCUGAGGAGACUGCCAGUCUGAAAGCAUCUAUUGCAGCAUUAAAUGAAGAAAUCACAAACCUUAAAUCAGAGAGAGAAUCUAACUUGAAACAGAUAACAAGUCUGAAGGAAUCAGUGGAGGGAUACCAGUCUGAAUUAUCUGUCAAACAGGCACACAGUCUACAUCUAGAAAACCAGCUUAAAGUGGCAAAAGAGGAGAUCAAGCGUUUGGAAGAAGACCGUGAUCAGGUGGGCAGAGAUUUAGUGGAAACUAAAGAACAACUCUUAGAUCAGCUGGAUGCAAACCAUGCUGAUACUUUGGAGAUAUUGAGUGAUUUACGGGAUGUCCGUCAACAGAUGGAUAUGAAGGCCAUUGACCGUAGAAAUAAGUUACUCUUGGAAAAAGAUAAACUUGUUAAUCAAUUGAUUUCAUCAAAUGAACAGAAGAAAGAAUUAGAAAGUGCUGUAAGUAACUUAACUGAUCUGAAUGAUUCACUGAGGAAUGAAACCCAGUCAUUGGCAGAAGAACUAGGGGACAAAGAACAACAAAAACUAACUGCUGGAGUGAUGGACAGUUUAGAGAAGGAAACACUUGUAUUGCGUGAACAGAAUGUAGGUUUACAGGAACAAGUUGCUCUACUAGAGAAAGCUUUACAAAAUGUUAACCAAGAAAGACUGACUGUCAGAGUUAGCUCAAGUUCUGACCUACCGUCUGGUGCCGAUGAUUUAAUGAUAGCCAGUGACUCUGCCUCCCUGACCUCUGACCUUUCAGAAAUUUCUAGACGUAACCUUGAACUUGAUGAGCAGGUCAAUACACUUAAAGGUCAAAUCUCGAACUAUGAAACAGAGAUUAAUCAAUUUGAAAUGAUGCAAUCUGAUUGGUUGAGUGAAAAGGAGGCUCUGGAAGGGGUACUUGUAGAGCUGAGAAAUCAGUUGAAAGCUAAAGAGAAUUCACUAAAUGUGGCGGAAGCUAAGAAGGGUUUGUUAGCUGUUGCUAAGCAUGAGGCUAGUACUUCUGGCCUUCCUGACCUUAUUGACCCUACUGCUGCCAUUGAUGGUAUGGGGGAGACUUCUAGUAACAGUAUGGUGGAGGAAAUUGAACCAAACAAAGAUAGUAUGGCAGAGAUAGCUGAUGAAGUGGUAGAGCUAGAUAGAAAAGUUGGAUUAUUAACUGAGGCUAAUGCACAGUUAGAGCAAGAGAGAGAUUUGUUAGUAGAGGAAAAGGCAGCACUGCAGAAAGAGGUAACAACCUUGAAAUCAACAUUGUUGUGUCAGUCUGCCUCCACCACUGAUAACUCUAAGACAGAAGCAGGGAAAAUACAAAAGGAAUCUUUUUUAAAUGGUCCAUUGAAAGAAAAAGAGAUGGAACUUCAGGCUUUAGUGGGUGGAAGAGAUGACUCAGAAGAAAAUAGGGGCGAAUCACCUGAAGACAAGUUACAAGACAAGGAAGAAAUGGAAACACUAAUACAAUCACAAAAAGAAGAAAUUGAAGCAUUGGAAAAAGAAACUGUUGAGUUAAAGAAAAAAUUAAGAGGUAAGAAUGAAGAAAUUGUUAAUUUGUCACUAGAAAAGGAAGAAAUGAUGACUAGUUUAGAAGAGUUAGAUAACCAACAUCAAGAAGCCAUGAGUCAUAUCAUAAAGAUAAAAGAUCAAGUUUCAAAAUCAAAUGAGGAUUUGAAGAAAAAAUUGGCUCAAUCAGAAGCAGAGAAGAGGUCUAUGCAAGGAGAAUUUGAUAAACUCAAAACCCUAAACCAGUCUGCUGAAUCCUCAUCAUCAAAUGAGUUGAAUCAUCAGAUUGCCGAGUUAAAAGAUGAAACAUCUGAUCUUCGACAGAAGCUUGAAAAAAGCAAUGGAACCAUUGCAGCACUACAGAAAGAGCUGAGCAGGAAAGAAGACGAGCUGAACGAAAUGAGUGACAAACUAGCAUCAAGUGCUGAAGCUUUGAAUAACUUACAUAUGGAUAAGCAAGAACUGCAAGAAAAGGUAAAUAAAUUAAAAGCAGAUUUAAGUUCCCAAGCGGAUAAGCUUAAGACAUUAAAAGCUGAAAAGGAAAAAAUUAAACAAGAUCUGGAAACUUCUGGCGCAAAUGACUCUAAUGAAAAUGAUGAAAGUCAGGACUCUAGUGAAACAGAAACUGAACAGUUGAAUUUACAAGUAAGUCAGCUUAGCUCAGACUUAGAAAAUGCGAAUGAACAGUUAAAAGAAAAGUCAGUUGAAUGUAAAAGAUUGGCUGGUCUUUUGAAAAAAGCAGAGGAUAUGCAUAAUGAAUUUAAUAAGACAAUUGAGGUUUCAGAUGCAGAAAAUACUACAUUAAGAUCUAAGAUUUCACAGCUUGAGGCUGAAGAGCUUAGUCUUAAAGAAAAACUCACAGCUGCAAGUCUUGAUUGUGAAAAAUUGAAAGAAGAAAGUGAAAGAAAGACCUCAGAAUGUGAAAGUUUUAGUAGACACAUACAUGCUGUUGAAAAUAAGGUAACAACUGUCAAGACUGAACUUUCAGAAAAAAUAAAAGAAAAUACCCAGUUAUCUAGUCAAGUAGAAAUUCAUAAGAAUGAGUUAUCAAUUUUAAAACAGAAGUUAAAAGAGAAAGAGGCAGGGUAUGAAUCAUUACACAAAGAAAAUGCAAAAGUAAAAGACUUAUUAGAGGACACUGCUGAUAAAUUACAUUCCAAAUGUGAAGAGUGCCAGAUAUUGACUGAAAAAGUUGAUCAAUUAAAAGGUGAAUUAGAAGAGUCUGUCAAUUCUGUUGAAAAUGAAUAUGAAGCUCAAUUGUUAAGUGCAACAGGUGAACUGGUUUUAGUAAAGGAAGAAUUAGCAAGUAGGACAGAGGAAUGGGAAAAGCUGGACAAUGAACUCUAUUUAAAAGAUGAAGAGAUCUCCAAGCUAAAGGAAGGAAAAAGUGCAAUGCAAAAAGAGAUUGAACAUUUAAAGGUUGAAUUUGAUCAUGUUAAAGAGGCAAGUGAAACAAAUUCCAAAGAAGCAUAUGAGUUAGUUUUGCAAGAGAAGCAGGUGCAAAUUGAUACCUUGACAGCUGAGUGUUCUCGACUGAAAAGUGAAAGAACUAGUCUUGAUCAGAAAACUACUGAUCAAAAACAACAUUAUGAAAAUUAUAUAAAAGAACUAAAAUCAGUUAGUGAAACAGAUUCAUCAGACCACCAAACACAGUUUAAUGAAUUACUGGAAAAGUCUCAUAAAAAAGAUCUACAAAUUUCUGAAAAUGAAUCAAAGCUUAGUAAUAUAUAUGCCCAGCUACAGGAUUGUCAGAAGGAAUUGGAGACAUUGGAAGAAAAAAAUCAAGAUCUGCAAACUGACUGUGAUGCUUACAUUCAGGAAAUUUCUAAACUCAAGAAAUUAGUAGAAAAAUUAUCUUCUGAGAAUGAAAGCAUGUUAAAAUCUGUAAAGGAACAAGAACUUACUGAAGCAGAAUUGAACAGUGUUCAAGAGGAGCUAGAUGCAGUUAAAACUGAAAAACUGUCCCUUGAAAGUGAAAUUCAGAACUCUAAUUCCCAGAAAUGUAAAAUCCUUGAGGAGAGCAAAAUUGAAAAAGAUCUGUUGAAUUCCCAAAUAAAAGAGUUACAAAAUGAAUUGAAUUCUUUAAAACAAGGUGAAUAUGGUAACCAGAAUACUCAAGAUCAGCUGGAGCGUGAAAGAGAAUCAUUAAAAGAGAGAGUAAGUUAUUUGGAAACUGAGUUAGAGAAGAAUAAACAACUCAUUAAGGAUCAAGAGGCAGGCAUAGCAGACUUAAAUCAGAAAAGAGCGGAUCUUCUGCAAGAGUUAAAUAAGGACUCAGAAAAAAUAAAAUCACAAGAUGGUAUCAUAGAGGUGCUUAAACAUAAUGCUGUUCAAAAGGAGGAUGAAAUUACUUUGCUUACCCGUAAACUUAAUCGUGCCAAGUCAUUUAUUGAUGAAGAACAAAUAAUUCAAGUUGAGAGUGCAGGGAACAACUCAGUACCUCAGUAUAACCUACCUGCUCUAGAGUAUAUACACAAGAGUGAAGUUCAGAAACCAGAAGUUGAAGAGAAGAUAGUAAAAGUUGAAACUCAGAAGAUGUUGGGUAUGCAGACACCUAACGGUGACCUUGCCACAGAGCAUACAGAACAUGUGCAUGAUGUCAUACUGGAAAUAGAAAAACUUCAAGGGCAGUUGAAAGAAAAAGACAACAUCAUAUCAGAGUUACAAAGAAAUAAUGCCUCAUUGCUGAAAAUAAUGGACUCCAAAUCCAAAUCUCAGGGGGAUAAUUCUCUAUCGGAGAUGCACAAACUUGAAAAUGAAGUAAGAUCCUUGAAGACUGAAAGGGAACAGAUGAUGGAUGUUCUGAAUGAAAAGUCCAGGGAAAGCAGCAAUUCAAAAGCUGAAAUUUCAAAGCUAAUGAAUAUUGUAGCUGCUCAAAAGACUGCACUUGAAAAGUUACAGAAAGAUAAUCAAGAUAUAAUUGCAAAAAGAUCGCCAGAUGGUGAUGGUGCUCAUUUAGACGACAUGCAAAAAGAAACUGUUAAAAACUUAUCAAGAAUAAUAAGAGACAAAGAUCUUGAAAUAGAAUCAUUGACUCAGAAAAAUGCAACACUGUUGUCAGUACUGCAGGAGUCUUCAACUGAAGGUGCUCAAAUUAAUUCACUUAUGUCUGAAAAAGAUACCCUGGUUAAACAGUUAGCAGUGUUACAAGGUGAAAGAGAACAAAUGAUAACAUAUCUGAACCAGAAACAUCAGGAAAGUGUGGCUUAUCAUGCAGAGGUUCAAAGGUUAACCGCAUUUAUAAAUACUGAAAAUGAAAAAAAUGAAAAAAUAAAAUCGGCAUACGAACAACUGGUGCCUCAGUUUGAAGAUAAGAAACAAUCAUUACUAAAAGCUCAGAAUGAAUUGAUAAAUUAUAAGCAGAAAUUACAAGAAUUAGAAGUAAAAACUGGUAAAAUGAUUCAACAGACUGAAUCAGGAGAAACUGUAGAUAAAACUUUGUACGAUGCAAAGAUACAAGAAAAUACCAAACUUCAAGAAAGGUAUCAAGAACUCAUUGAAAAUGUUAAAGAAAAAGAAACAAAGAUACAAAAUAUGUAUCAGCAGGUCAGUGACAUGGAACAGAACUUUAGAGCUAGUGAUAGUGAGAGGGCCAGUUAUAAAAAGCAAGUAGACAGUUACAUGUUUCAGGUCCAUGGUUUACAAACAGAGCAAGGUGAUUUGAAAACUGAAAUUACUCAACUGAAACAACAGCGAGAUUCUUUGUCAUCAGAGUUUCAGGGGCUUAAAGAUGCCAAUCAUAAAUUAACGCUGCAGCUACAGGAUCGAGACUUUGAGGUUUCUAGUCUUCAGGAGAAGUCAAGGUCACUUACCUCAAUGAUACAAGAGCAACAAGGUGAGAAGGGACAACUUGAGCAUGUCAUUCAAGAGAAUGAGACAACACAGAAACAUAUCAAACAGUUAACUUACGAGAGGGACCAGGCGUUACUAGGGAGACAACAUACACAAGAACAAAAUAACCAGUUAUUGAAAGAUAUACAGUCUUUAAAAGAGAGGGAAGCAAAGUUGAAUCGAGAAUUAAAUAGAUUAAGGCAACAUUUAAUACAGAUAGAGGAAGGCUACACGAAGGAAGCACUGGCAGCAGAAGAGCGGGAGAAAGACUUGCGCACACGACUUACUUCUGCUGAGGAAAAUGCGUUACAUUCUUCAUCUGCUGUGGAAUCAGCAAAUCAGCAUGCCAGUCAACAGUUAGACAGUCUACAGCAACAGCUACAUUUUGUAUCACAACAACGUGACCAGGCAUAUCUUCAAAUAUCUAGUCUACAAGAACAAAACCAGAUGUACUCUAGCUCAAUGACUAAUCUACAGAUGGUUCUAGAAGAAUUCCAACAUGAGAAAGAACGAAUGGUUGCCGAGGAAACGGAAAGAUACACCAAGGAGGUGAAGACGCUAAGAGAGCAAGUGAAUAAAUUACAGGCAGACCUAAAAUACACAAAGGAGCAGUUAGAGGAGGCGUCAGAUGGACUAGAGGCUGCGUCAAGACUCAGCGAGCAACUUGACAGGAAGGAGGAGGCCCUCGAUGCCCUCAGAGAGGAAGUUCAAAUCCGUGAAUCAGGACUGAAAGUUGUAGAAGAUGAGCUGAGAAACCUGAAGAGUAGAAAUGAUGACAGGGUGGACAAGUUAGUGAUAAAGAAUUUAUUCCUGGGAUACUUCACGGCCCCUCAGAAUAGUAAACAUGAGGUGUUACGGGCAAUUGGUGGUGUGCUACAGUUCUCAUCAGAAGAUUUUGAAAAGAUUGAUGGUAAGCACAGUGGAGGGGGUUGGGUACCAGGCUUUUUAAGGUUCUCUGGGGGACAGAAAACAUCCUCACCCCCUACAACACCAGUGAGAAGGUCAACUAUUGGGGCUACACCUUCAAAACCAGUAGAUAAUUCAUUUUCCCAAAUGUUUGUCAAAUUUUUGGAGCGCGAAUCGUCGCCACCACCACCAACGGUCCGCCUGCCUGCGGAGGAGAUGGUAAGAGAUGUACAGAAACAGAAAGAGACACAUAAACCAGCUUAUAAUCCAUUCACAGCACCGAGACAUGUUGCUAUGCCAACAGGUGGAACGCCUACGUUAGGAACACCAAAUACACAACAUUUAUUAAUGAGUUCAACAGUUUCAGUUUCACAAACUUUACCGACAUUUGCGGCACCGACAGAAAGUUCGAAAACUCCGCCUGGAUCAGGUCGGAAUACACCGGCUUCCACGACUUCUGGGGCGAUAUUAAAAGAUGUGUUAAAUAGAUAACACCAAAUGUUGUAAUUGUAAAUUAAAUUGUAAAUUAUUUUAUGUGGUCAUUUAUUCUGUUAAAACAGCAAAUGGUGUUCUUAUAUAUGUACAUUCAUGUAUAAUUGUAUAUGUAUGUACACUGUGAGUUUGUGUUUUUGCAAACCACUGCCAGGCAUUUAUAAGUCAGUACUGGUUAAAAAAAAUAAUGUUAUAAAAAGAGGAAUUGGAACAAAAAGUCAAGCAUUAAUUUAUGUGCAAUUCCAUACAAAGUUCACUUUCAAUUUUAAUUUUGUAUUUUAAUUAAUGUUAAACGAAACAUUAUAAAACCAUAGUAUAUAGAAUUAAAGAAGAACGAGCCAAAAUGUAAGGUAAACAAUGAGAGUUUACAGAAAAUUUUUAGAGAAAUAAAAAGCUUUGAAACAGUUCAUGACAUAAUAUUUAUAAUAAUAUAUUGAUUGUAUGUUAUAAAUAACAUAGGUUGUAAUAAUUAGACAGUAACUGGAUGAUGAUACCUGAAUUUAAUAUCUCUAUAGAAUUGCUCUAAUUGUCCGUUUAUUACACAAUUUUUCUUCUCAUCUAUGUUAGUGGGUUUUAUUUUGUAUUUUUUGUUUGUUUCUUUUUUGGCAUUUAAAGUUAAGAUUUUAUUUUGUUUUUCAGUAUCAUUAUUAAAUGUCUGUGAUACGAUGGAAAAUUACCAUAUAAAGAUUAUCUUUGACAAACAUUAAAAACAUGUUUCUAUGUAAUUAUCCAGAGAAAUAUGACCCCCCCCCAAGAGAUUGUUGCAUAUGUAUAUAUAUUUACAUUUCUUUUUUUUUUCAUGAUUCCAUGAAGCAACAAAAAUGACAUAGAUAUUUGAUAUCUUUUGAAAAUAUAUAGAGCCAUUUCUUAUUGUUAUUGAAAAAAAUUUCUGUCAUUUUCUUUUCUUUUGAAGUCUAUAUCUAGGUUAAUGUUAAGUAGUAUGAGAAGUAUUGUGCUGAGAAGAGAUCAAGACUAAGCAACAUUUAUUUAUGUAUAGGUUAGAAAUUUUCUACAUAAACAUUUAAACAAUGUACAUGUGAUUAAUAGUAUGUAUUUUAUUUGAGCAUUUGAAUGAGUAUUUCUGCCUUAGAUGUUGUAAAGAAUCAUGAAUAUAUUGGGAUGACCUUGAUUAGGAUAUCCUAAAAAUAAAUGAUGAGAUACUGUGAGUUAUCUGUUAAUAAUUUUAGGGGCCAUCAUGUUUUUCGCUUGGAUAAGCAUGCCUGAAUUACGGUUAACCAAAUUCGUAAUUAAUUGUAUUAUACUACCUAACAGCAAACAUGGCAUCAUUUGGUUUGUGCUCAUAGAAACAUCAUUAUUUAAAUUAUUUUAUUGUAUUAUAAUUUAUUAUAUAUAAAUGUAUAUUACAUUAUGAAUAUUAUACUGGUGAAUUGUGGGAAAAGAUUUUUCCUGUUUUCACUGUGGACAUGGCAAAAAUAAAAAAUGGAUGAAAAGAG